AUGAGCGUAGCAGCAAAUUCAUCUCCAUCUCCGGCAACUGGGCGCAUAACCAGCUCAGCUCAAAUCCUCCCCAAUUGGGACACUCGCCCCAUUCUACGCUUCGAUUUCCCCACCGCCCAAGCCCAAGAAGCCUUCCACCGCGCCUUCUUACAAGUCCGCUCCGAAAAGGAUAAAGCUACCUUCAUGGCACGUUUCUUUGACAACUACGACGGCCAAGUGUCGAUCCCACGACGCGUUGUCAUGGACACGAGUCGUGAUGAGCAAGUGGCAAAGGAGGUACAGCGAAGUUUAGGGGUAGUAAUGGAUACCGACAGGGAUCUGGAGGUUGCCAGAAGACUUCAGCAGCAGAUGGAUGGAGACGACAUUGGCGGAAAUCGAAUGAACGCGCAAUUAUACAAUGGACAAAUGGCAAGCCUUAGGCAGCGUCGACUUGUUUUCGAAAGGAGACGUCAGGGUUACGGCGGGACGGGUGGUUUAGGCUACAACGGCGGUGUGGGUCGGAUGGUAGACCGGUUUAGAGACAUGUCAGUUCACCAGCGUGUUGCACAUCCUGGCUAUCCUCCACAACAACCACGCCAACCGAAUUACUACAAUAACAGCUAUGGUGAGCCGUGGGCAUACGGUCCAGGUGACGGAGGAUACGGGAAUGGAAGCUAUGACGCUGGAUACGAUCCUAGGUAUCGAAACUGGGGUCAGUGGCGUAGAGGCUACUAA